UUUCUGCCUUUUAUUGCGGUGUAAAAAUAUAAGAAGAAGCGUUAAAAUGUGAGAGAAGGCAGUUCACAUGUGCGAAGACGUGUUUAAAACAUGGCCUUUUUAAAAAGAGAAAGUCUGAUAAAAGUGCACUUUAAAGUAGACCUUCUGAUUCCCGUUAAUGGAUUUGUUAAAUGUGUGUAAAAGCGAGUGAAACCGUGUGUGAAUGUCGCCGCUUUGUCGUAAAACCCCGUUUUUAAUCGUUUCUUGAUAAUGGUAUAGUAGCAGUGUUAAAAGCACGGUGGGUGUCAAUAUAAAGUGACGGCCAUAUUUGCCGGCGCCGCUGUUGUAAACAAAAAGUGAGAGACAGACGCUUCACUGAAUUUCGGGUCAUUUUUAUUUCUUUAAUUUACAAUGUCUUUGGGAAUGUCUUAUAAACCCAAUGUCCAUCAGCACAUUCCGGGAACUUCUGGGAACCAGGUUGGACCCCUUCAGUCUGCGUCCGCAGCGAACCUGGCCACGCUGCAGUCCUACAGGCCCCUCCUGAGCGACUACGGACCUCCGUCUCUGGGAUUCUCACAGGGCUCUACUGGCAGCCAAGUGCCUCAGAACAAAUAUGCAGAGCUGCUGGCCAUCAUCGAAGAGCUCGGGAAGGAGAUCAGGCCCACGUACGCUGGAAGCAAGAGUGCAAUGGAGAGACUGAAAAGAGGAAUAAUCCAUGCCAGAGGGCUGGUGCGUGAAUGUUUGGCUGAAACGGAGAGAAACGCGAGGUCCUAGCUACAAACACACGUUCCUCCCUGCAAGAAGAACUAACAGUGUGUGUCUCAUGAAAAAAAAAAUCACUUGCAUGGCAUUUCCUUUGAGAGGAGGAAGUAAAUGAACAGGGGAUGGAAAAGCAAGCUCUUAGAUAAAAACAACAACAACAACAGCGGUCUCUGACUCCCGGAGGUUCUGGAGGAUCAUUUAAAUAAUGUGUUGGAAAUCAGAUGAGAGGGUAUCAUGUGUUUUUAUGCCCCACUUUGGGUCUUAGUUUUGACUUCAUAUUUAAAACAUUGGUUUAUGCAUGUGAACGGGCUUUGGGUUAAUUGUAGACACUGCAUGGCUUGUACAAGGGUAGAUGGAGAAGACUAGUUUUUGAUAGUAUUUGGUCUGUUUUUCAGACCCUAUGUUACACACGAGUGAGUGGGGGAGGGACAGAGAUGUGUCAAAUGCACCGGGUCGUUCGUGUUCAGGUUGGUUUUGGUAUUAAAAACAAGGAAAAUGCUGUUACUUGCAUCUUUGUAUGUAUUUAUUACUC